AUGGAUCAAGAGAGGAAGUUUUUAUUGCUAAAGAAGAGAUUGGAUGCUUUGCAUUAUUGUUAACCAUUAGGAAUAGACUCUGUUCCUUUAGUUGAAAGAUUGCUUAAUGAUCUAGUUAAAACAACUGAAGGCUUUCAAUAAUUAAAAAAGCAAUUGGAGGAAACUAAAAUUAAUGCAGCUAAGUUUGAACAAUUAUUAUUACCCUUAAAGAAGGAGAAUUAAAGAAUUGUUAAUGAAAAUAAUUAAUUGCAUAUGACAAUGAUUCAAAUUAAGGAAGAAUGUGAUACUAAAGAAAAUAAGUGGAGAUCAUAAGUAAGGAUGUUAGAGAGCGAGAGAAAUGACUGGAAAUUUAUAUUAGGUUAAAAAAAUAAUGCUGAAAAGAAAUUACAAGAAGAAUUAUUUAAAAAAAAUAAUGAAAAUAAUUAUUCAUAAAGUAAUCAACCAGAUAAAACAUUAAAAUUAGUUGACUAAAUCUAGGAAUUAGAAAGGAAAUUAUUAUAAGUGCAAUAAGAUUCAAGAGAUAAUGACAAUUCGAAAGUGUUAUUGGAGGAAAAAUGCAAGCAUUUGGAAUUUUAAAUUGAAAACAGAGAAAAGGAGAUUUUGAGAUUAAAGUCAAAAUUGGAUAUAUAAGGAACAAAUAUUGAGAAAUUAGCAUAAGAACAUAUUCUCUCAGAAGCAUAAUAAAAGGCAUAAAGAACUUAAACCCAAUUAGAUUUAUUAACUGAAGAGAACACAAAGUUAAAUGAUGAAUUAUCAAAUUUAAGAAAAGAAUUAUAAAGAUUUAGGAAGAAGCCUAGUCAACCAUAAAAUUCAAGCCCGAAUAAAUCUGAUAAAAAAAAUGAAUUAAAUUAGAUUAAGUAAAGAUUAUCUGUAAUUGAGGAUGAGAAAGAAAAAAAUUAAGAGCAAUUCAAAAAAAUAUUAAGUCAAUUAGAAUAUGAAAAUUCAUAGUUGAUUGAAAAAGUAUAAUAAUUGUAAUAAUAAAAUGAAUAAUUGUAAUUAAAAGCCUUAAAUGCAGAAUAAGUGGUCUCAGCAUAUUAAACUGAUAAAAUGGUAUUUAGUAAGGCUGUGAAUAAUUUGAAGAGUGACAAAGAGAAUACUGUUUAAACAUUAAAAAGUUUGGAAGAAGAUAAUUAAAAAUUAAGGUUUUAAUUAAAUGAGAUGGAUGAUUAAUUGCAAAUUCAAAAGUCUGAAUAUUAACAAUUAUAAAGAGAGAAGGAACUAUACGAUAGAAAUUAUAAGAAAUUGAAUGAUGAAUAUGAAAGAGAGAAAGAGUUUGUUUAAUAAUUGAGAUAAGAUAAAAGAGAUUUAGAACGAGAAUUAGAUUAAGAAAAAUAAGUAAUUAGAGAAUUGAAGGUAGAAUUUGAAAGAAUGGAUGUUUCUAAAUAAAAUUUGGAUAGUUUAUUAUAAAAAUUUAAAUAAGAAUAAAAGAAUUAAUAAUAGUCUUAAUAACAUAAUCCUAAUUAAGGCUAAUAGCUUAUGAUGGAUCAAUUAAGGAAGGAGAAUGAUUUAUUAACUAAGGAAGUGUAAACAACAGAGGGUCUUAUUAAAUCAAUAAAGAGAGAAUUAGGAGAGAAGGAUAGAGAUAACUAUGAGUUAAAAUAAUAAAAGCGUUUGUUGAAUGAUUAACUAAGUGAAUUAGCGUAAAAGAAUGCUAAUCUGGAUUCAUAAAUAAAAUUGAAAUUGUAGGAUAUUGCUUAAUUAGAAUAAGAAGUAGAACAAUACAAAAGAGAGUAAUCAAAGAUGAGAUUAAAUUAAUAGAGCAUCUUAGAAUAAAAAUAAAAGAUUGAAAAUGAAACAGUUGGAGAAUUAAAAUUACUACAACAAUAGAAUAAUUCUCUAAAAUUAUAAAUUUCAGAUUUAGGAAUCUUUAAUUCUUAAUUAGAAGAAAAACUUAAAAUAGCUUAAGAAUUACUAAAUGAAUAAAGAUUGGAAAAUGAUAAAUUACAAAUGAAUUUAAGAUAAUAAAGUGAUGAAACCUUCAAAUACUAAUAAAAUGUAUUAAGAAAUAAGGAUAAGGAAAUGGACUACUAUAAUUUGACUCAUGAAAUAGAAAGAUUGAGAGAUCAAGAAAGAAAGAUUUUAAUUGAAAAAGAAAGAUUUUAGAGUGAAAAUUUAAAACUAGAAUCUGUAAUAAAUCAAUAAACUAAACAAAUGGAAUUUUUAAAUAAAUUGAAAGAGGAGGCAAUGAAAGAAGCAAGAGAAUUAAGAUAGAUGAUUAAUGGAUUGAAGACAAAUGAUCAUGAAAUUAAAAAUACUUCUAUCAAAUUAUCGGAGAAGGUAAAUAAUUAUGAAAUGUCUUUAUAAGAUAUUAAUGAAUAAUUGUAAAAAGAGAUUUCAAGAUCUAAUAAAUUGUAUAAUGAAUUAACCGAAUCAUAAUCUUAAAUAUCGUCACUUAAAUUAUAAAAAACUGAUUAUGAAAACUAAAUAAGAUAAUUAAAAUUAUUAUGUGAAAGUUUGGAAAAAUAAAAAGAAGAAUUACUUUAAAGAUUAUAAUAAAAGAACAGUACUAAAAUAGAAGAUGAAAGAUAGGUACUUUAAUUGAGAGAAUUGAAUGAGAAUUUAGAGGAUAAAGUAAAUUAAUAUUCUGAACAAAAUAUUUAAUUAAAGAGAUCAUUAGAGCAAUUAGAUCUAGAAAGAGAUGAAGUCUAAAAUCAAUUAGAUGAAGUUAGAGAAACUAACAUCUCUUUGUAAUAGCAGAUUAAACAAAUGAAUAACGAAAUCUAGAAAUAACAAUCAAAAUUAUCAGAGGUUAGCACUAAAGGGGAACGUGGAUAUGAAGCUGCUUAAUAAUUAGAAGAGAAAUUAAGAGAUUAAAUUUAUAAGAAUCAAAAGUUAUAGAAUGAAAAUGAUAAUGUAAAAUACACUUUGUAAAUCAAAGAAAAAGAGUUCCAUGAGAUGAAAUCUGAUAUUUAAAUUUUAAGUAAAGAUAAUUAAUCUUUAAAUAAUUAACUUAUCAAAUCUGUGUAAGAGAAAGAAUUACAAUAAUAGUAAAUCCAAUUUUUACAGUAAUAAGAAAUUAGACUUAAAGAAUAAAUUAAAAUGUUUGAUAUGGAGAUGCAUGAUUUGCAACUUAAUUAUAGUGAAGUCUGUGCUGAAAAUCAAAGACUUACUGUUUCAAUCUAAUAAAUAUCAUUACAACAUGAGGAAGUAUUACAAAGAGGAGUAGAAUUAGAAAAAUAAGAAGACUUUUUUAAAGUUCAAAUGCAAAAUGCUUCAAAAAGAGAAGAUCAAUAUUAAAUUUAGUUACAAUAAUAUGAGCGAGAAAUAGAAAGAUUGAAUAGAAAGUCUGAAGAAUAUGAAAGACAAAUUAGAGAAUUAUUGAAAGAUAGAGAUUAAUUGGGAAAAGAGUUUCAUUCACAAAGAAAAAUAUCCACAGGAUUUUAGGCAGCCCAGGAAGAUUUUAAUAGAUAAAUUGCUUAAUUAGAAAGAGAAAAACAAUAUAUUGAAAAUGCUAACAGAGACUUAUAAAAAUAAGUAGACCUCAAGGAUGCUUAGUUGUCUUGGGAAUAAAAGAGAGUAAAUGAAAUGGAGCAAGUUAUCAUUUAAGAAAGACAAAUGCAAAUGAAUACAUUAUAAGAAAUUCAACAAUUAAAAGAUCAAAAUGAAUAGCUUUUAUAGGAAUUAGAAAAAGCAUAUUAACCUCAAAAAUAUAGUUAAAGUAACAACAAAUAAUCUAUGAAUUUAGAUUAUAAAAACGAAUCUUCUUACAUCUCUUAAUAAUCCUAAUAGAGUGGAGUAAAGGACAAUAGUUAAUUAGAUUAAUCUUCUGGAUGGGAAAGAUUAAAAUAAGAGUCUGAAAAUUUCAAAAAAACAUUGAGUUAAGCAGCCAUUUCAUCUUAAAACUUAAAAUAGAAAAUGAAAUCUCUAUAGAGAGAAUAUGAAAUACAAUAAAAUCCUCAAAAUUAAAGAUACAUUUGA